AUGACAGUAUUGCCCACUCGAUCGCACCCGAAGAGACAUGAUGAGAAUCAGCUAUACCCUCGCCAAUCUGAACCUUCAGGAGGCCCAGAUGUCGGCGGCGGCGGAGGCGGCGGAGGGAUCGCUGGGAGUGCAGUCACAGUUGGAAUUAUAGUAGCAAUAGUUGCAUUCAUCACGCUCUCAAUACUGGUCUACUCUUUCCUGCGGAAGUGGAGGCAACAAGGCAAAAGUCCUCGUUAUAUACCUACCCAGUUCCUAAAGAGAAAGUGGCAGACAUGGCAGCCCGGAGGGAAAUAUUCGGCCGUUCGAAAUCGAGAUCUCUCUUCCACUAACACGGCAUACACCGGCAGCAACGUCGCCGGCUCUGAGUCUGGAGCAGGCGUUGACCGCAAUACAAGCGUAAGAAGCGUCAUUACUCUACCUGCUUACUCUCGCACCCCUAAAGAUACCGAGCAAGUCAUUGGGAGGGAAGGAGAAAGAGCCGGUAUGGACACCGUCGUCGAGUUCCCAGAAACUGCGGAUGAAGAAGAAACACGUCGUGAGGACCAGAUGGAGUCUCUGUACCAGAUCCGCCUAGCCCGGCGUCGUGAACAAGCUGAACGAGACGAGCGCAGGCGUGAAAGGAGAGAGGCUCGAGAGCGAGGUGAUACAGCCCGAGUAGAAGAGCUACGGCGCGAAUCUCGCCAACGUGCCACCGAAAGUGCUGUCUCCCUCAAUGGCGGCGUCAGCGUCUCCGCUGCGACUUUGAUUGCAGAACAUCAGUCACGCGGCCGAGACCGAAGAGUGUCCAGUGUAGCGUACGGUUCACUGGGUGAAGUACGGCACGAUGGUACCAGACUCCGUGCCAACAGUAAUGAAUCAGAACGAGGUGGACUGUUGAGCGGAGCUGCCCCUAUGGGCGAAGCCGGUGGUCGACCACGAUUAUACUCGGACGCUACGUCGAUGACGACCAUCUCUCGGCCACAGACAAGAAACCGCUCUAUCAGCGAUGUUAGCGUAACGACCGCCGGAUCAGAUGUGGACGGUCAGCCUACGCCCGGUUCUACCAUUGCAGGCGACGGAGCCAGAGGUCGAAGCUCCCACAGUGACGAGCGCCAGAGUGGUACUACCAAUUCUUCGCCAACGGCGAACAGAUUUACUCCAGACGAGAGUACGGGCUCAGAGGACAUUGGGGAAUCGCGGAUUCCGCCAACAGAAACCGACCCAGCUCCCCUUCCUCCAGAUUAUGAGGUACUGGAGUGGGGUGAUGCUCCUUCUUAUGAGGCUGCCGUAGCGAGGGCGGCCAGCAAUGCUGCCGCAAGAGCUGGAGAGCCGACUAGAGCCCCAAGUAUCGCUCCCAGGCUCCCACAGCUCAAUCUACCCAGCAUUAGCGUCUCAGGAGCUACUGAGCCGAAUACUCCUGUGUCGCCAGGGGUCCCCUCAGCCGAACGGUCUCCAGAAGAGGCUCGAACAUCAUAA